AGGGCAUGAAAAGCAUCCCCCAAAGCUAUGGUGAUGUCACCUGCAGCCGCAAACCAUUGGAGACAACCCGGAUGUUUGUGGAAAGGCGACUCCCGGAGGGAAGUGUUGGUCUACACUGUGGGACGCGAUGCAGCUCUGCAGAUUCUCGUGGACACUGGAAGCAGCAACUUCGCCGUGGCAGGUGCCCCGCAUUCUUACAUAGACUCGUACUUUGACACGGAGAGGUCCAGCACGUACCGCUCCAAGGGCUUUGACGUCACCGUGAAGUACACGCAAGGGAGCUGGACCGGCUUCGUGGGGGAGGACGUGGUCACCAUCCCGAAAGGCUUCAAUAGCUCAUUUCUUGUCAACAUUGCCACUAUCUUCGAGUCAGAGAACUUCUUUCUGCCCGGCGUCAAAUGGAACGGGAUUCUGGGACUCGCGUAUGCUGCCCUGGCCAAGCCGUCAAGUUCCCUGGAGACAUUCUUUGAUUCUCUGGUGGCACAAGCGAGAAUCCCCAACGUCUUCUCCAUGCAGAUGUGUGGGGCGGGACUGCCCGUCGCUGGAUCCGGUACCAACGGAGGUAGUCUUGUCCUGGGUGGAAUUGAACCAAGUUUGUACAAAGGAGACAUCUGGUAUACCCCUAUUAAGGAGGAGUGGUAUUACCAGAUAGAAAUUCUGAAAUUGGAAAUUGGAGGCCAGAGCCUUAAUCUGGACUGCAGAGAGUACAAUGCAGACAAAGCCAUCGUGGAUAGCGGCACCACACUUCUGCGCCUACCCCAGAAGGUGUUUGAUGCGGUCGUUGAAGCCGUGGCCCGCACGUCUCUGAUUCCAGAAUUCUCUGAUGGUUUCUGGACUGGGUCCCAGCUGGCUUGCUGGACGAAUUCUGAGACGCCUUGGUCUUACUUCCCUAAAAUCUCCAUCUACCUGAGAGACGAGAACUCCAGCCGAUCGUUCCGCCUAACCAUCCUGCCUCAGCUUUACAUCCAGCCCAUGAUGGGGGCUGGCCUGAACUAUGAAUGUUACCGAUUCGGCAUUUCACCUUCCACCAACGCGCUGGUGAUCGGUGCUACCGUGAUGGAGGGCUUCUACGUGGUCUUUGACAGAGCUCGGAAGAGGGUGGGCUUUGCAGCAAGCCCCUGUGCAGAAAUUGCCGGUGCUCCAGUGUCUGAAAUUUCUGGGCCUUUCUCAACAGACGACAUAGCCAGCAACUGCGUCCCCGCCCUGCCUUUGAACGAGCCCAUUUUGUGGAUUGUCUCCUACACUCUCAUGAGCGUGUGUGGAAUCAUCCUUCUUACCCUGAUCGUCCUGCUGCUACUUCCUUUCCGGUGUCGGCGCCUGCCCCCGGACCCCGAGGUUGUCAAUGACGAGUCCUCGCUCGUCCGGCAUCGCUGGAAAUGAAGAGCAGGGUCCGAGCUCGUGCGCGACCUUGAACUCUCUGUUAGGAGAAUUCCGUUUCAGGUGCAGCAGCCGGGGUCAUAAGGCAGGG